ACCUAGUUUGACCGUCAAUUUGGAUGGUCACACCAUUGACCGUUAGUCAACACGCCAUGUCAUUGCCUCGUCAACCUAAAAAUUAUAAAAAAAUUGAUAUUCAAACUAUUUUUUAUUUUUUUAUUAUUUAUAAUCAAAUUAACAAAAAAUAAUUUAUAAGAAGCAUAAAAUAAAUUUAUUUUUUAUUUUUUGUGUAAUUUGAAAAUGAUAAAUUUUAUAUAUUAACCAAAAAGUAUCAAACUAUGGUAUAUAUUUAACUUUACACAAAAAUAAAAUAUAUAAUUUAUAUCAUAUUUUUAAAAUUUAUAAAAUUUAAUUUGAUAAUUUUUGGUUAAUUUAUAAAAUUUAUUGAUAGGGUAUCAACAUAACUAAGGAGUUAAUACCAUGGCUAAUGACAUGGAGAAGAAAAGAAGACAAGAGGAAAAAGACAAGGCUGGGAGACAAGAGACAAGGCCAGGCACCUGACAUCAGCAAGGACAAGGGGCAGGGGGACACCCUCUCCCAAAAGGACUAUGAACAGUGUCAGAGGGUCUGAGGCGCCCGACCAGAGCAUUUAUGGCUUGGCAGGCGCCCAGACCACUACCUAACCCUCAAAUGUGUAUAAAUAGGAGUUCUCCUCAUAAAUGGCAAUCUAUCUACUCUUACUACUACUUCUCUCUACUUUCUCUCUCUAUAUACUUCUUCUCUUUUCUUGCUUCUGACGAGGCGGGGCGCCUACCCCUUCAAGGUCAUGGAUGACACCCCAAACCCCUUGGACCCGAGUGACGCCGAGUCGCCCGGGCUCAAACAAUUGGCGCCCACCGUGGGGCCAAGCACGACUUUGAAAGACGCUUCCAACUCAAAGAAGGGAGAAGAAAGGAGUCUGGUACCAACAAAGACCCCCCUCAAGCAAGUGGUUGGUCGCGAGGCGAUCAACCCCCAACCGCUCACCAUCCAAGGUUUAGAAGUGCCCGACGACGACGACCCAUCAGGAGACGGAGAAGGCGCCGAGCGCCUAGAGGAGCAACUAGCGGAGCUUCGGAAAAAGCAAGCGCUUCAAAUGGCAAACAUGCAAGGCCAGCUAGACCAAGUCAUGACCGCGUUAACGGCACUAACAAGGUCAACGACCAGGCGCCUCCGAACCCCCAAGAAGCCGUAGAGGAGAGGAGGCGCCUCCGAGGGAAGAUGCAGGAGGUUGAGGCGGCACCCACGAACUCCCCCACGGGAGGGUGUGGGCGCCUUACCAAAUGAAGACGCAAUGGAAGC